AUGAGUAUCGCGAAAGGUAUACCAGUACGGUACGAUGGAGAUCCGUUGAAUGAUUUCACACAAAUGCGAUUCCUGGAUCGAUUUGUUUUUCGUAAUCCGAAAACAAAAGGCACGGAUAAUGCCAAGGUUUACCGACGAAAAGUCUACGAUCCACAUGGUAUCCGAAAGCUUCCAGUUACGUCGAAGGAGUAUGCAGAGAAGAACAGAAAUGAAAUUCCCAUCGAUGAGAGGUUUUUACAUCGCUUUGCAUCGGUGAAAAUGAACAUGAAGAAGGAGCGAAAAGGCGAAGUCGCGCACGACAUUUACGGUGGUGACGAUGAUGGUAGUGAUGUUGAAAGUGUCGAUUCGGACGAGUUCGAUUUGUUGCUAAGUCGCUUCGAGGGCGGCGGACGAAUGGAAGUAUCGGACGUUGAGUUUGCGAAGGAAUUUAGCUCGGAGAAAAAGAAAAAUCGAACCGGUCGCAAGCGGCCAUUUAAUAGUGAUACUGAGGAAGAUGAAGAAGAUGGCAAUACACCAGAUCAGGACGAAGAGCGUGAAGACUGGAGCGAAGAUGCCAUCGAUGAGGAAGAGGAACGAGAUGAUGACGAUGAAGAUAUUGAUGAUGAAGAUGGUGAUGAUGAUAAUAGCGAAGGCAGUGAGGAUGACUUUGACGUGCGAAGGGAUAAAAAUGGUGAUAGUAGUGAUGGUAAUUCAGAUGAAGAUUUUGCUGGAAGGCUUGAUUUUGUAGAAGAUGCGGAGCGAAGCGCUGAUAAGUUUGCUGCUGCGCUAGAAGAAGAAGGAGAUGAAUCAACAAAGAAGAAAAAGAAAAGCAAAAAAAAGAGGUACCAGCAUUUCAAAAAUCGAAGAAAACAUUAA